AGAUAAAUUUGCAGAGCAAGAGCCCCGAAUUAGUUUACGUCAGACUCUACCAAUACAACGGUAGAUUACAAGUCAUUUAAGCAUUAGAUUUUUUUUAUGAUUACUGAAUUAGUUAUCAAAAAUAUUCCACUAUAGAAACUUUCAAAUAAUAUCAGAAUGGCUGACGGAAAACAAGUUAGAGUUUCACAAUGGUACUUCGGUGGGUUAGCCUCAGCUGGGGCUGCUUGUAUCACUCAUCCCUUGGAUCUACUCAAAGUCCAAAUGCAAACACAAAAAGGAAAAAACAUAUCUAUGUUCCAGCUUACGCAAAUAGUUCUAAAAAACCAAGGAAUAAUGGGACUGUAUAAUGGAAUAUCAGCCUCACUUCUCCGACAAUUGACUUAUUCAACAGCAAGAUUUGGUAUUUAUGAGGUAUCCAAGCAACAUCUGGCACCAAAAGAUGGAUCUGCAAUACCUUUCUAUAUGUCUGCCUUCUUGGCUGGUUUGGGUGGUUUUGCUGGAGGCUUUGUUGGCAAUCCAGCUGAUUUGGUCAAUGUGAGAAUGCAAAAUGAUGUCAAGCUACCACCCGAGCAAAGAAGAAACUAUAAAAAUGCGAUCCAUGGAUUGUAUCGUGUAGCAGCACAGGAAGGUAUAUUACGACUGUGGGCUGGAGCAUCUAUGACAUGUAGCAGAGCCGCCCUUAUGACUAUUGGACAGCUUUCUUUCUAUGAUCAAAUCAAGUCCAUAUUGCUGGCUUCACCUUACUUCGGUGAUAAUGUCAUCACUCAUGUUACUUCUAGUUUAUCAGCUGGUGCAAUAGCAACGACAUUAACACAGCCAGUGGAUGUGUUGAAGACGAGAGCAAUGAAUGCAAAACCAGGUGAGGUUAAGAGUAUAAUAGCACUUAUUCAGAAUACUGGAAAGGAGGGACCAUUGGCAUUUUUCAAGGGUUACAUUCCGGCGUUUGUCAGACUCGCACCGCACACUAUAUUAACAUUUGUAUUUCUUGAACAACUAAGGAUGAACUUUGGUGUUAUAAAAAUUAAUAUUACAAACUAAUAUGAUAUACAAAGGUUGAUGUGUUCAAUAUAUUUUUGAGUAAUAGUUAUAAUGAUAGACAAUUGAACUAAUAGAAUUGUAAUGGUGUGACUAUAAACAAGUAAUACGGUGUUUAUUAGAAUGGCUUUCAAAUAGAAUUUUUAGAUUGUUUGAUGUUGAUGUUUAACAUUGCAUUUAGAUUUUCAUUAUAUGUUAAUAUUUAUUGUUGUGAUAAAUUAUUUGGUUACACUUAAUAUUGCUUCAUAUUAUUAAGAGAGUUUUUUUUUUUUAUGUUUUAAGUUAUCAAUGUGAUUCCAUAUAAUGGAAUGGAUAUGUUACCUCUGUACAAGAAAAGUUUACUUUUUGAAAUCUUCUAUUUUAGUUUAUCAUACUGUGUGUUACUUUAAAAAUAUUUUAUUGCACAUGUGAUGUUAUUACAGUGUGUAAUAGCAAGGACUACAUUUUUGUUUGUCUUUAUUUCUUAACGUAUGGUCUAUCGUAUAGACGAAGUAAAUGUUUGCACAAUUUUAUUUUUCGUAAUGCUUUUUUUAAAGUCAAUAUUAAAAAUGUUGAUUUGCAUUACAUAUUAUUUUUAUCAGUUUUUUGGGUACUUCGAUGAAAAUGUUAAACAUUUUAAUUUCACGUGUGCCAAACAAUGUGUGCAAAGUAACUAACAUGGUUUUAAUUUUAAGGUAUUGAAUUAUAGGCCGGGUCCACACUAUAAUUGCAGUUACAGUUUGUUUUCGACCCAGGCGAUAGAUUAGAUAAGAUUUCAAGUGAAUAAAUAUCUUUAGAGAGAACGAAAUUUCAAUAACACGGCCAUUUCAGUAAUCAAUAUUUAUUUUCGUCCAACGUAUAUUUAACUGUAACCGUGUUUAUAAUGUGGGCGGUUGGUUUUAAAAUUAACUGUCAUUUAGCCAAGUUAUAUUUUUUGACAUAAGUUUUUUAAAAUGAAACAUUCAAUCGACAUUCCUCCAUCUUAUACACGUACUUCGGUACACUUGCCAAAAAAAAGUACAAUUUUUAUUUUAACAAAAUGUAUUUUCUACGACUCAAAUGUCAGCUGACACUUGUCCUAUUUAGAAGUAUAUUGCUUCACUAUAACUUUUAUAACGAUUUUGAAAUGUAAGACAAAAUCUUGUACUAAAUAAAUACAUAUAAUGUUUAAAGAAAAUAUAAUAUAAAUAUGAAUGAAACUGUAACUUCCAAAUUUAUAUGUUAUAUUUUAUAUUGUAAUAACCGAAAUGGAAUCUGUAAAAAUAAUAGAUUAUACUAUCAGCGGGGUACCGACCUAAUAUUAUUAGCUGUUUUGAUGUAAACUAAUAAAUACUCCACUGAUAGUUUCAAAUUUUACGACUAGUUUUACUAGUCAGUGUUCCUUGGAAUAUUUUUAUUUUAAUGUCUCAAAGACAUUUUAUUUAAUGUUAUUUGUAGCUGUUGUAAUAAAGGGUUAAAAAAUAUA